CAUCCAACUCUCUCUCUCUCUCUCUCUCUCUCUCAAAUAUCUCUCUGUCCCCCACCAUGCAAGAAGCUCUUCCUUACAAAACAUGGCUACCGAUACCCAGCGAACCAAGAAUCAACACCCCCACGACGCCGCUCCAUAACCAAUUACUCCUUCCGGGGACGACCAACAUAACCAAUAUGGUUUCAGAGAACGCCGUCAUAGUGUUCGGAAGACGUGGGUGUUGCAUGACCCAUGUCGUGAAGCGCCUGCUUCUGGGUCUGGGCGUCAACCCGGCCGUCUGCGAAGUGAACGAAGAGGAUGAAAUUGGUGUCCUAGAUGAGCUGGGGAUGGUCGGCGCCGGGGAGGGAAAGCAGGGCGCAGUGCAGUUUCCGGCGGUGUUCAUCGGAGGAAGGUUGUUUGGGGGGUUGGAUAGAGUCAUGGCCGCUCAUAUUACUGGAGAAUUGGUUCCUAUAUUGAAACAAGCUGGGGCUUUGUGGCUUUGAUCCAUGGAGUUUUCUCAGUCUUCUUUCUAUUCUAAAUUUUUCCUUUCUGUUGCUUUCCUUUUUAAGAAAUUGUCCGAAGGGAAUGCAAUGAUUUUGUUCUUGUUUUAUUUUUCAUGUUCAUAGAAAGAAGAAAGGAGAUCACCUAAAGAUUGAUUAAUUUUUAUGAAAUUUGUUUGCCUAACUUUUUCUAAUAUUAGGGAUGUGUCAGAUAAAUGGAAAUGGGUUGUUGAGAUUU